AUGAAAACUUCUAAUUCUUUACCAAAUUUUACUCCAGAUUUGGAUAAAUCGUAUGAGAUUGUUAAUCCUGUUGAAAAUAAAAUAAUUCAAAAAAGUUUUAUUGACGAGGAGGAUGAAGAUGAUAAUUUAUCAUCAGAUGAUGAUUUGUCUACUACCUCAUCUGAAUCAAGUGAUUACACUGGAAAAUUAAUAGAGGGUAAUAAAGCUGAUACCCCUUCUCAGAGGAUAGCCAAAGUUCGCGACUUUAAACGAAAAAACAUUUCAUCACUUACUUCAUUCCGUGUUAUAUAUAUGGGAGAAGAUGUACCAAAUACUUGUAAACAUGGUGUAUUCUCUAAAUUAUGUGAAAGUCUUGGUCAAUAUUUUUUGGAUGAAGUAAAAAAACCAAUAACACAAGAAAUCAGCGAUGAAAAACGUUAUGUAUUAUGCCCUGCAACAAAUCUACCUAUGCCUAAUAAUACUGUUUAUGAAUAUUAUACAGAUAGUGGGGUAUCUGUUUAUGAAAUUGAUCUUACUAAUAAAUCAUUGACAGAAGCAAAAGAUAAUUUAUUUAAAACCCAUUUCAAGAUUGACAGUAUAGAUGACGAUGAUGGUGAUGGCAAUGAUGGUGAAGAGGAUGAAUCAUCUAAUCAACAUUUAUUUGACCUAUGUGUGGUAUUUAUACCACCAGAUUUAGCUCGCUUUCCUUCUUUUCUUAUUAAAACAAUGCAAGAACUACAAAAAUUUGUAACCUUAUUACCUAUAAUUAGUUUGUACGGUCAAGAGUUAAUAUUUAAUCAUGAAAAGGAUCAAAAACGUAAAGAUAUAUUAAGGCAUUUAGAAAACAAUAAAAUAGAAAUGUUUGUAUGGAGAGCUGAUAAUAUGGCUGAGGAUUUAGACAAGAAGGGAAAACCAACUGGCAAAUUUAUUGAAACAAAUUAUUCAAACAAACUAUUAACAAUUGAUGAUUUCUCAAUGUUAAGUUCAGAAAAAGUUUACCAUGAUAUGCAAAUAUUAAGAGCUCGUGCAAUUCAAUUCAGAAAAGAGCAUAAAUCAAUGGCUGAGUUAAAAAAACGUAGCAAAAGAAUAGAUAAUAAAGUAAAAUUAGGAAGGAAAAUUAGUAUAGUGAUAACAGCAAUUUUGAUAGCAUAUCUUUCGAUAUUUAUUAUGGCAAAUUUUGCUCAGUGGACUCUAAUUCCUGCUGACCUUGCUAGUUCUUUAGGAACAGUAUCUAAAGCAAAUCUCGGGCAUGAUGAUGAUAUCAUUAUCAGUAAUAAUCAUAAUAUUAAUGAAUUUUUCUCUCAAUACAAAACUUUAUCAAAAUACAUCAGAAUCUGGCAAACAUCUUCCAAUAAAUUUGAAUUUGAUAUCAUUAAACCAUUUAAUAGCAAAAUAACCAAAGAACUCAAUGUCAUUUUAUAUUAUGAUAAACAAAAAUCAAUAAGAAAACAAGCAAAGAUUAUUGGCAAGAAUCACUAUUCAUUUGAAAUUAAUGGUGAAGAUAGUGCUAACAAUUCUAUUAAGAAAAAUGGAAGUAAAAUAUUGAUAAAAAUCGUUGAUAAAAAUGGAGUUGUCAUAAAAGAAUUUGAAUGGCCAAAGGAUAUAGAGAAACAAAAUAAUGAUAAAUCAAUAGAAUUGAAAAAAUUAAGUCAUAAAGCUCUUAAUAAAAAUGAAGAUAAUGGCAUUAUUAGCAAUAAAAAUAAUUACAAUUACUUAUAUGGAUUUGGAAGUGAGAACAGUGUUGUAAAUCUAGUAACCGAAGGAAUUCUAAUUAAUGUUAGAAAAGCUACAAGUUUAGCUGUUAAUUUAACACAAGAGACUUUUCUAUAUAUAAGUGAAAAUCUUAAAUUUUGGAUACCUUUUGCUUUUGAAAAAAAGUCUAAUUUUAGAAGGAUUGCUAAUACUGCUAAAUUAAAGGCUGAGAAGGAAGAUGAUGAUUUGUCUACUACCUCAUCUGAAUCAAGCGAUUACUCUGGAAAAUUAAUAGAGGAUAAUAAAGCUGAUACCCCUUCUCAGAGGAUAGCCAAAGUUCGUGACUUUAAACGAAAAAACAUUUCAUCACUUACUUCAUUCCGUGUUAUAUAUAUGGGAGAAGAUGUACCAAAUACUUGUAAACAUGGUGUAUUCUCUAAAUUAUGUGAAAGUCUUGGUCAAUAUUUUUUGGAUGAAGUAAAAAAACCAAUAAUGCAAGAAAUCAGCGAUGAAAAACGUUAUGUAUUAUGUCCUGCAACAAAUCUACCUAUGCCUAAUAAUACUGGUUAUGAAUAUUAUACAGAUAGUGGGGUAUCUGUUUAUGAAAUUGAUCUUACUAAUAAAUCAUUGACGGAAGCAAAAGAUAGUUUAUUUAAAAACCAUUUCAAGAUUGACAGUAUAGACGACGAUGGUGAAGAUGGUGAAGAGGAUGAAUCAUUUAAUCAACAUUUAUUUGACCUAUGUGUGGUAUUUAUACCACCAGAUUUAGCUCGCUUUCCUUCUUUUCUUAUUAAAACAAUGCAAGAACUACAAAAAUUUGUAACCUUAUUACCUAUAAUUAGUUUGUAUGGUCAAGAGUUAAUAUUUAAUCAUGAGAAGGAUCAAAAACGUAAAGAUAUAUUAAGACAUUUAGAAAACAAUAAAAUAGAAAUGUUUGUAUGGAGAGCUGAUAAUAUGGCUGAGGAUUUAGACAAGAAAGGAAAACCAACUGGAAAAUUUAUUGAAACAAAUUAUUCAAACAAACUAUUAACAAUUGAUGAUUUCUCAAUGUUAAAUUCAGAAAAAGUUUACCACGAUAUGCAAAUAUUAAGAGCUCGUGCAAUUCAAUUCAGAAAAGAGCAUAAAUCAAUGGCUGAAUUAAAAAAACGUAGUAAAAGAAUAGAUAAUAAAGUAAAAUUAGGAAGGAAAAUUAGUAUAGUGAUAACGGCAAUUUUGAUAGCAUAUCUUUCGAUAUUUAUUAUGGCAAAUUUUGCUCAAUGGACUCUAAUUCCUGCUGAUCUUGCUAGUUCUUUAGGAACAGUAUCUAAAGCAAAUCUUGGACAUGAUGAUGAUAUCAUUAUCAGUAAUAAUUAUAAUAUUAAUGAAUUUUUCUCUCAAUACAAAACUUUAUCAAAAUACAUCAAAAUCUGGCAAACAUCUUCCAAUAAAUUUGAAUUUGAUAUCAUUAAACCAUUUAAUAGCAAAAUAACCAAAGAACUCAAUGUCAUUUUAUAUUAUGAUAAACAAAAAUUGAUAAGAAAACAAGCAAAGAUUAUUGGUAAGAAUCGCUAUUCAUUUGAAAUUAAUGAUGAGGAUGGUGCUGGCAAUUCUAUUAAGAAAAAUGGAAGUAAAAUAUUGAUAAAAAUCAUUGAUAAAAAUGGAGUUGUUAUAAAAGAAUUUGAAUGGCCAAAGGAUAUAGAGAAACAAAAUAAUGAUAAAUCAAUAGAAUUGAAAAAAUUAAGCCAUAAAGCUCUUAAUAAAAAUGAAGAUAAUGGAAUUAUUAGCAAUAAAAAUAAUUACAAUUACUUUUAUGGAUUUGGAAGUGAGAACAGUGUUGUAAAUCUAGUAACCGAAGGAAUUCUAAUUAAUGUUAGAAAAGCUACAAGUUUAGCUGUUAAUUUAACACAAGAGACUUUUCUAUAUAUAAGAAUGCCUUCAUAG